AGGACAUUUCAUCAGGAGAAGAUGAGCCUGCUUACUGAGGUUGCUAACAACAGCAUAAACCCAAAGUACCGUGCAGUGUCUCACCUGCACGAUGUUUGGCUUAAGGAAAACCAUGGCGGGCUUGGAGGAUUCAGUAUGCAGACUGCCAUUGAGAAGUACUUUCAAAGCAACCCAGGAUCUCUAAUUGAAAUGGAAUUCUCUGAAACGAGCUUCGCUAUUGCCCUCGUCACUCCUCUCAUGCAAAGAAUCCACCAGAAGCUGAAAGAAUCUGCCGAAGUGGUGUUUGUAGACACCACCAGUCACGUGGAUCAGAUUAAUACAGCGGUGACGCUUUUGUUGUGUGCUGGACCAUCUGGCGCCUUGCCUUUGGGCUUGAUCUUCACGUCAUCACAAGAACAGUCCAGCUUUAUCAAAGGGUUCAAACUGCUGAAGCUCGCUCUUGGAGGAGAUGGUUUCUACAGAGUUGGACAUCCUAAUUGUUUCGUGACGGACAACUGCGAUGCUGAGAGGCAUGCCCUGCAGUCAGUAUGGCCUGAAUCACAUUUAUUUUUGUGUGUAUUCCACAUUCUUCAGCAAAUAUGGCGAUGGCUCUGGGAUUCACACCAUGGAAUAAAAAAAGAUGAUCGCCAACGGCUGAUGGCAGUCGCUAAGCAGCUGGUCUACUCAGACUCAGAAGAAACUUUCAACAGUAUAUGGACUUCCUUCAAUGGAAGUGAAGAUGCUCAAACAUACAGUCGGUACUGCAGCUACCUCAGCAAGCUGUUCGAGCGGAGACACGAGUGGAGCAUCUGGGCACGCAAGGGUUUCUUCCUGAGAGGUCAUAACACGAAUAACUUUGCAGAAUCUACAAUUUGCAUUGUCAAGGAUGUUAUUCUGAAUCGGUGCAAGGCCUACAACACAACUCAACUGGUGGUGUAUAUGAAUGAGAUAUUCGAGAACUACGUACAUGAGGCAACGUCUACUCGAUGUUGCUCUGAAGAGGCGCAGAGCCAAGCCUAUCAUGACUACCUCGGUUCGGCCCGAGAAUGUUGA